UUUGAUAAUGCCGAGAAUCACGGAAUUAAUAGCUCCAAUCUCCGCAUGUUCGUCCCACUAUGUGUUGAGGGUAUAUUUCUGACAAUCUGACAGUCUGACUUCCUGACAUUCUGACCUGCGGUCCAACCGCGCCCCUGUAUGCAAAGGAGCGCUUCUUGUCAGAUCUGACACUGAGUUCUGCAAUGAUGGGUACUUGCGCAUCGUUUGCAAGUUCUCAGUACCUACGUUGUAGAUGGGUCGAGUGUAGUUUCGGCGCCAAUGGGCAAAUGUUUCCACACAUGAGACCAUCCCCGUUUUGUAUGAAGAGUUAAUACCAGUACCAAUAUUCACACCCAAUGAAGGUUUCAAUUUAAUGUUAAUGUGCUAUCAUCAUACACUGUCCCCUGUCAAGCAAGCGCCAAACGUCGAAGCAAAUACUUGUUCAUCAUGGUGAAGUGCGGGUUCAACACGCUGGUGCCAGCGAUGGUAUUCAAACUCCGUAUAUGGUCGCUGUACCCCAUGGGAGAGUUGCCGACCGGCGGACUAUGGUCCAACGGCAACGGUGUUGGCACGCUGGUGUCGGUGCCGGGCUUCGAGCCCUUUCUCAACGCCACAACGGUGCACAUGGACGACUUCAACGUGCGCGGCUCGGCCGACGGGCCGUACACGCUCAAUGCCCAAGGAAUCUUGCGCACCGACGACAACCACUAUCUGGGCUUGUACGGCAAAGGCUUGCUAGCCAACACCCCGCAUGUCCAAGCCAUCAUGGCUAACGAGACUGAUGUGCAACCUACGCGCUGGGGUGAACUUGACACAUUCACCACUUGGACUUUCCAGGCUUCGGGGCCUUAUGCAGAGCUUACAAAGUCAACUUUCGUGGCCAACAUUCGCAUUGCCCCCUCGGACAAUAGCGAUACAAUCUCCUACAUUGACUAUAGGUUCAGUAAGGUCUUGCCGGGUCCCGCGUGCGAAGAAGGGAAGGAUGAUGUUAUUGAGACUGUUUGGAAUGCAGGGGAGCUCUGAUAUAAUGCUUAUAAGAACUAAUAUCCCGUCAUGUCGCAGCGGUUUUAGUUAUCAACGGGGUGGUCAAGGUGGCAAUAGUGGAAUCCACACUAUCGUAAUCAGACCAAAGCAAAAGCUUCAAUACAGCCUUCAGUAUUCCAG